ACAGAGUAAGAUGGAAGCGACCACUAAGAGCAUGUUGAAGCCUCAAUAACAUACAUGUUUAGGUGUUAUAUCGCAACAGAAGGCCCUAACUUAUGCUUCCUUGUCGUAAUAAAGAACGAUUUAACGUUAAGCGGGACAAGUUCGUAGCGGGACGUUUAAACUGAAAACAUGUCUGUUCUGGGAGGUUUACUGAAGGCUGGAGCGUCCUUCUGUCAGUCUGCUGGGACUCUGCUCCACACAGCCAGGACCAUUUCUACUGGAACAUGCUGUCAGAUCAGGAUGCACUCCAUCCCUCCGCUGAAGGUGGUGGACAGGUGGACAGAGAAGAGGAGCAUGUAUGGAGUUUAUGAUAACAUAGGCAUCUUAGGAGACUUUAAAGCUCAUCCCAAAGACAUCAUCAGAGCUCCCUGCUGGUUGAAGGGUUUCAGAGGCAACGAAAUGCAGCGUCUAACUAGAAAGAAGAAGAUGGUGGGAGACAGAAUGAUGACCCUGGAAAAGCACAACUUGGAUAAGAGGAUCAAAUUCCUCUACAGACGCUACAACCGCACUGGCAAACACCGCUAACAUGGAACAAACCAAGCUGGGAAAUCCAUCUGACCAGACAAUAAGGACUUUCAGGAGUCUAGCUGUGUGAUUUCAUACUAUCAAAGUCCUGUAUGUUGUCAUUUUUUUCCUAAGUCAUCAUGUUUAUAUAAACAGAAAAUGUGUGCAUUUCAGAACGGCAUUCUUCCUGUACUUCUGUUUAGUCAUUGUUUUUUGAUUGACUGAUUUUCUUGAUAAAUAUAAAAUACAUCAUAUAAACCAUAGAAGUGGACUGGAA